AUGGAGCAACCACUACCGAAGAGCUGGAGCAUCCACACCCGACCCGAGGUCAUCGCCAAGUACGAGAUCCUGGAGCGCGUGGGUUCAGGCGCCUACUCCGACGUCUACAGGGCGCGUCGGCUCUCCGACAACCUCAUAGUCGCCCUCAAGGAAGUCCACGACUACCAAUCGGCGUUCAGGGAAAUCGAGGCCUUGCAAAUGCUUCAUAACUGCCCCAACAUAGUCGUCUUGCACGAGUACUUUUGGCGGGAAGACGAGGACGCCGUGCUCGUUUUGGAGUUCUUGAGGACCGAUUUGGCGGCGGUUAUCCGCGACGCGAAAAAGAAGGAAGGAGGGAUCCGGGUCGGUGAGAUUAAGAGGUGGAUGCUCCAGAUUUUGUGUGGGGUCGACGCUUGUCAUCGGAAUAUGAUUGUUCAUCGGGAUUUAAAGCCUGGGAAUUUAUUGGUUUCAGAUGACGGGGUUCUUAAGUUAGCCGAUUUUGGCCAGGCAAGGAUACUCAUGGAGCCUGGAUUUGAUGGUGAUGAUGAUAACCAUCAACUGCCGGUUGAACAAAACACGGGAUAUCAAGAAAAUGUAACUCCACCAUUAGAUGUUGUCGCUGAUGCUCAUAGUUUGCCAGAUCAAGGAUUUAAUAAGCAAGUGGUGGAAGAUACUAAUAGAGAAGAAUAUCUUAGACAGCUAGUUGAGCUCAAGGCUAAACGACAUGCCGUGGAUGAAACUGACAAAGAAACAAAUAUUAACGACGGAUACUCCUCUUGUCUUGCAACAGGUACCAUAAGUGACAUUGACGAUGAUCCUCUCAAGAGUUCUUACUCAUACGAUGCUGAAGAGGGUGGGGAUGGCAGAAAUGGUGCUCUCACAUCCUGUGUUGGUACUCGCUGGUUCAGAGCCCCGGAACUACUGUAUGGAUCGACAGACUAUGGACUGGAGGUAGAUUUGUGGUCAUUGGGUUGCAUUUUCUCAGAGCUGCUAACCCUUGAGCCGCUUUUUCCUGGAAUUUCUGACAUUGAUCAGCUCGGCAGAAUUAUCAAUGUUUUGGGAAAUUUGACUGAAGAAGUCUGGCCUAGCUGUUGUAAACUUCCUGAUUACAAAACAAUUUCUUUCGCCAAGAUCGAAAAUCCGACCGGUUUAGAAGCCUGCCUACCGAACAAGUCUGCUGAUGAAAUCUCCAUUGUCAAAAGACUUGUUUGUUACAACCCAGCUAGUAGAGCUACUACAAUGGAGCUCCUGAAUGACAAGUAUUUCGAUGAAGAACCUCUUCCACUUCCCGUUACUGAGCUGCAUGUACCUCUCACAAAAAACAACCACGAUGAGGAUUCGCCUGGUGGGUGGCACGAUUAUGAUGACAUGGGAUCCGACUCUGAUUUCGGUGACUUCGGCCAUUUCAAGGUCGAGAACACCGGAAGUGGUUUUUCCAUGCAGUUCUCUUGAGCUUGCUCUGCAUCGAGGUAUAGUGAAUGCUUAAAUUAUAUGUUCCUCUUUGUUUUGAGGUAUAAUUUAAGAAGUUGAAACCUGAAAUUGGAGAUGAAAAUCAUGAAUCCGGUACAACUGAUGUAUGAACAACACGUGAAUUUGUAAUAACUUUGUGUAAAGCUCCAAGAGAAUGGAUUACUCGAGGGGCU